CACAACAAAAAAUAAAUACCGAAUAAUAUUAUCAUCAUCAUCUCUAAAAAAAACUCCAAUUACCUUUUUUUCUUCUUCUGGGUGGGUGUUAAGCAGGCUUCGUACGCUUUUCCAAUACGACGACGUUGUCGUUGUCAAAAACGACGACGUUGUCGUGUCCUUGACGUUGACAACCUAAUAAGUAGUUCCUUCUUCAAUUUCAAAUAUUCAUAUUCAUUUUCCAAAUCCAAGAUAAGGAACGCGUUUUUUUGGUAGUAUAGAAAAUUUCUGCAAUGAGUUCCUUCUCUGGAGCAAUUCAGAGACCUCUUAUGGCUGCAGCUGCCGUUGCCGCCGCGUCUUUUUCAACUGAUACAAUUCCAUUCAUUGGAUCAUCUCGUGAUUGUUCUACUUCGAAUUUGGAACAUUAUCCAACUUCUAACUCAUUGCAGGAAUCACAUUCAUUCUUAGCUUCUCAUAUUUCUGAUUCUAAGCUUGCUAACCUAUCUUUUGUAACCAAAAUUCGUGUUCCUGUACCUAAUGUCAAAUUCCUCGUGCCGGUUUUGGGGUCAAAUUUGUACUAUUCUUCCGUUGUUUCAUCACCACUUGUUCGGAAUUUGUAUUAUUCAGCUGAAUUGACUAGGUUUUCAAUGCCAUCAUCAUCGUCCUCCACUUGCUCUAAUGGUGUCUCUAAUUCAACUUCUGAAGUUAUGUAUAAAUGGCAUUUGCCUGAACCAAAUGUUUUUUGUGGUUCAUCCAUGAAGUCUUUGAAGACGGUGGUGGUUUUGCUUGGAUGGUUAGGUGCAAAGCAGAAUCAUUUAAAGAAGUAUGCAGAAUGGUAUACUUCAAAAGGAUUUCAUGUCAUUACAUUUACGUUUCCAAUGGCGGAUGUGUUGAGUUAUCAGCCUGGAGGAAAAGCCGAACAAAAUGUUCACAUGCUUGUGGACCACUUGGGGGAUUGGUUAGAAGAGGAGAAUGAAAAAAAUCUUGUCUUUCAUACUUUCAGCAACACUGGAUGGUUAACGUAUGGUGUUAUGUUGGAGCAUUUUCAAAGGCAAGACCCGUCUUUGAUGGAAAAGAUUAGGGGCUGCAUUGUAGAUUCUGCACCUGUUGCAAACCCUGACCCACAGGUUUGGGCCUCAGGUUUCUCUGCAGCAUUUCUCAAGAAGAAUAGUGUUGCUACAAAAGGACGUGUUUCCUCUAAUGAGUCUGGCAUUAAAGUAUCAAUUGGCAGCAAUCAAGACUCAGGACUCAAACCUGCACCAACCGAAGCUGCUUUGUUGUUAAUACUAAACAAGUUUUUUGAGGUCGUUCUGAAUCUCCCUGCCGUGAAUAGGAGGCUCUCUGAUGUUUUGAGCAUGUUAUCUACAAAGCAACCAGGUUGUCCACAAUUAUACAUGUAUAGUUCUGCAGACAGAGUUAUUCCCGCUGAUUCAGUGGAAUCGUUCGUCAAUGCACAGCGUAAGGCUGGACAUGAUGUGAGAGCUUGCAAUUUUGUCUCCUCACCUCAUGUUGACCACUUUCGAAAUGACCCGAUAUUGUAUACUUCUCAGCUCAGUCAAUUUUUAGAGGAGUGUGUUAUUGACCAAUGUAAAUCUCACUAAUUCAUCGCUUGGCUCACUCAUACAGCAUAUAGUUUAUUCUUUUUGAUUUUUGAGGGAGGGAUGCCAUUCCAUUAAUUGAUGGGUGGUUUGGAAUUUUAAAAGUCAACCCCUUUAAGGGAUCAUAUAAUUGUUCACGGACAGCUUAUUUCAACUCAUUGAUACUUAUACAGUGCAAAUGAAAGAUCUUGCAGAUUUUUCUUAGUUGUUUCUUUCAUAUUGGAUGGUGCAUUGUUUUGUUAGUGGUAAAUACUAAAUAAUUUGACUGUUGAUAUCUUUUUGUAUUAUUAUCAAUAAGGAUUAUGUUCAAGCACUUGAAGGUAUGUGACCAAGAUAAUAGUGUAAAAGAAGAAAUGACUUGUAAAUUUUGGAUUGGAGAAUAGUUACAUAUUCAAUAGGAUUAAAAAAUAGUCUUGCUGACUAGUGUGCACUUGGAGCA